AUGUAUCGGAUUGUUUCCAAAGGUAGAAAUUUUCUUCGAGCAUUAGCGAUCAUUGGUGGUCGCGAAAUUAAAUCCGAUGUAGCGGGUCGUCGUCAUUUCUCGUUCGUAACAUCAGUGUCUGGUUUUGACAACAAACACACCCAUUGUGAACUAAAGCCAGAACCCCUACGAACAUUUGGGGAUGAUGCUUACUUUAUAUCGGUCACAGAUGCAUCGUGUGUCCUUGGAGUUGCCGACGGUGUUGGAGGUUGGAGAUCUUAUGGGAUUGAUCCCAGCAAUUUUUCCAUGACAUUUAUGUCUACCUGCCAGAAACUCGCUCAGUCGGGACGUUUCAAGCCGAAUGAGCCCAUGCUUCUUGUAACUGAGAGUUACUAUGAAGUUUUGGACGCAAAGACACCGCUUCUAGGAAGUGCAACCUUUUGUGUAAUAUCGCUCUGUCGGUGCGACGGUCGACUUCAUACCGUUUGUCUUGGCGAUUCCGGCUACCUUGUCAUCCGUAGAGGUGCUAUUGUCAAGCGCUCAUCCAAUCAAAAGCACGCCCUUAAUACUCCUUUCCAAGUUGCCUGUUUGCCACCUAAUGAAAAUGGCCAAUUCUAUCGUGAUUCUCCUCAAGAAGCAAUUCAGGAUAGUUUUCCUCUCGAACCAAACGAUUUGGUCGUUGUUGGAACAGAUGGUCUAUUCGAUAAUCUUAAUGACCAAAUGAUUCUUCAGGAGCUUACCCCUCUUCAGGCCAGGUACUUUAAGUGCUCUCAAUUAGAUUUCAGUAUCUCUUUAGAAUAA